AUGAGACCCAAUGACUAUCUCUUGCAAUCAGCUCAAGGCCCCGAAUGUUCUGGGUACACGUUUAGUAAGAUCAAAGAUGCCGCGGAGCGUGUAGGCUGCGGCCUCAAUCGCUUGGGAGCGCAAGCCAAAAACGUCACCAUGGCAUCAUAUACACUUCCACCAACCCAACCGCCAUCCGGACUGGCUUUUUACCUGGAGAAAUUGGAUUCUGCUUUUGUGCUGUUCGCGCCUUCGAUGCUUGAUGAAGUUCGAAAUGUCGCAAAGGAGUUGAAUAUUCCUACAGCUCGUCUGUUUGUGGUUGAUGAUAGUCGUGCUCGAAAAUGUACACCGACGACGGGUGUCUCCAAGCUAGUGCAAAGAACACACAAUGGUCCCGUCGGAAGCAUCGAACAGAAACUACACUGGUUCAACUUCCGUUUACAGAGCAAAGAAGUAAUGUACUCUGGCCUCAAAUUCUGCGGCAUGGGAUACAUUGUUUCCGGUCUGCUAGCUCCUCUAAAAGGCCGGUUCAAGGCCGUCGUCCUCCCCAAAGGAAGUGUAUACAUCAGCCCUGAUCCAGCUGAGCCUGUCACAGACACCACUAUAGGGAAGCUUCAGCCGAAUGUCGAGGCAAUAGUGGUGAACCAGCAAGGCCAGCGCCUGGGGACAAAACAGUCCGGGGGAAUCUUGUUCAGACCUCCAUUUAAUAUGACGUCGGAAGGCUACUACAAGGACCCGGAGACCACAGCCGCGACUUUGACACAAGAUGGAUGGCUGAAAACUGCGGACAUGGGCUGGGUGGAUGAUGAGGGUCAUUGGUAUAUCGUUGGUUGUACCAAGAUAUGUAUUCCGCUUCUAUCAGCUGGAAUACCCUUUGCUGAAACGACCCAGGAUCAACUCAGGAAAGACGAGAAUAAUAUAUUCGCGUUUGAAAUUGAAUCGAGUCUCUGGCGCCAUCCAGAAACCGCAGACGCUAGCGUCAUUCCAGUCAGCCUUCACGACGAAGAGCUCGUACCACGAGCCUAUCUUGUCAAAGAACCCGGAAGCAAUCUUACUAUCGAGGUGCUCUUGGAUUGGAUGGAUAAGGAAUGCUCGCCUAUGAACAAGCUUCAUGGUGGUGUCGCAUUUGUCAACCGAAUCCCGAUUACAGAUGUUGAUCGCAAGUUGUUGAGUAAUAUGGAGAAGAGAGAUUUGAAACUGGAGUGA